AUGGAAGGUGACCAUUUUCAAGAGGAGCCAAGGCCAGUCAAACGACAGAAGGUCAUUCACCAAGAGUGCCUGCCGGUUCAGCAGAAUGAGUCUUACACCAUUGCCUGGAUCUGUGCGCUCCAUAUCGAAAUGGCAGCAGCGCGGGCGAUGCUUGAUGAGAUCCACGCCGUUCCUCCGCGAGCCACCAACGAUACCAACAGCUAUGUGCUGGGCGGCAUCAGCGGACACAAUAUCGUCAUUGCCUGCCUACCGGAGAAGUAUUACGGGUUAAUCAAUGCUGCAACAGUAGUGGCGAACAUGACUCGAACCUUUUCUGCGAUAUCCACCGCCUUGAUGGUUGGGAUCGGCGGGGGCGUGCCGAGUAAAGAGGACAUUCGCCUUGGGGACAUCGUCGUUGGAACAAGAGUCAUGCAAUAUGACCUUGGAAAGAUUAUGGCAGACGGAAAAUUCGAACGAACUGCCCUCCCUCGUACGAAUGGUCCUCUGCUUGGAACGGCGAUCACGAGCCUCCGCGCGAAGCAUGAAUUAGGUCCCAGUCAAGUUCCGAUGAUCCUGGAGCAAAGGAUGAAAGACCUUCCCGAAUACCGCCGGCCUAAUGCUCCUGAUCGUCUUUUUGAUGCAACAUAUGAGCAUAGGUCUUCAAAUUGUGAUGAGUGCGACCCCUCGAAGUUAGUCAAGCGAGCCAGGCGUGAGUCCAGUGUCUCGAAGAUUCAUUAUGGCGCAAUUGCUUCCGGGAACCAGGUAAUGAAGCAUGGAACCACCAGAGACAAUAUUGCUCGAGAACUUGACGUAAUUUGCUUUGAGAUGGAAGCGGCUGGUCUGAUGGACACCCUGCCGUGUCUUCCUAUUCGGGGCAUCUGUGAUUACUCCGAUUCCCAUAAAACCAAGGAAUGGCAGCGAUACGCUGCCGCAACUGCAGCAGCCUAUGCUAGAGAGCUGGUUCAAGAGCUGCCAUCAAUGCAAGGAAGAGAAGAGGUUCCUGUCGUCAACUUGGAGCAACCUACGGCCCACGAUCACCGACAACAGUUCUUGAAUUCAUUGCAUUUCAAUCAAAUGAAUUUUCGCAAAUUGAACAUCAAGAAAAAUUAUUCGAAAACAUGUCAAUGGUUACUGAAUCACCCAGAGUACAAGGCGUGGCUUGAUCCUGCCCGCUUCGCCCAAUGUCACGGUUUCCUAUGGCUGAGUGGCAAACCCGGAGCAGGAAAGUCAACAAUCAUGAAAUUUGCUUACUCAAAGAUGAAGAAUAAGGUUGCCACUGCAUCUUUCUUUUUCAACGCGCGAGGCGAGUACCUGGAGAAGUCGGUCAUAGGAAUGUAUCGAUCCCUCUUGCAUCAACUGCUGAACAAAUAUCCCGACCUACAAACAAUCCUUGACGAACCCGACAACGUUCCUAGGGGCCAAGUCUGUCCUUCAUUGAAUGUGCUUAAAGACGUAUUCUACGAUGCAGUUGCUGCUCUUGGUCAACGUCAUUUUGUCUGCUUCAUUGAUGCUCUAGAUGAAUGUGACGAGCAACAGAUCAGGGAUAUGAUCGACUACUUUGAAGAUCUAGCAGAACAAUGUAUGGAUAAAUGCAUUCCGUUCCGAGUUUGCUUCUCCAGUCGACAUUAUCCCCACAUCUCAAUUCAAAGAGGAAUGAGAAUGACGCUCGAAGACGAAACAGGCCACACAAAAGACUUGGAAUCUUAUGUUGAGAAUCGUCUCCGAAUAAAGAAUCCUAUGCUUUCAGAAGAGCUCAAAACUCAGCUUCUCGAAAAAGCUAAAGGGGUCUUUAUGUGGGUUAUUCUUGUUGUGGAUAUCCUGAACAAAGAAUGGCACAGAGGUGGAUUAGCCCUGCGAAAGAGACUUGCAGAGAUACCAAGUGACUUGAGCGAUCUCUUCAAAGACAUAUUGAGGCGGGACACGGAGAAUAUGGAGCACCUUCGUUUGUGUAUCCGCUGGAUUCUUUUUGCAGAGCGCCCCUUGCAUCCGAACGAGUUUUAUCAUGCUCUCUGGUCUGGUUUGGUAUCACAGAAUCUCGUCGACGAUCAUAUUCCAAUUAUCAAUCCGCAGCUAAGCACCCACGUUGCCGUUUUUGUGACCAGCUCUUCUAAGGGACUUGCUGAGGUCACGUCCUCCCAGCCACCAACAGUUCAGUUCAUCCAUGAAUCUGUACGAGACUUUCUAAUCAAAGAUCAUGGGUUACAUGAGCUAUGGCCGGAGAUGGAAGAAGACUGGGAAGCUUCAAGUCACGUGGUUUUGCGUCAAUGUUGUGAUUUAUAUCUGAAUCACCGGUCCAUUGAUGUUUAUUUCCCCACUAGUCAUAUUGGAUCUAGGCAUCAGGCUCGAUUGGUUGAGAACAAGUUCAAGGCAGAAAGGAAGGUUCAGCUCUCUGAAAGCUAUCCGUUCCUGGAGUACGCCACUAAGCAUAUAUUCCGCCAUGCGAAUGCAGCUGCAGAAUCAAUCUCGCAAAACGAUUUCUUGUCAGAUCUCAAAUUACCGAAAUGGAUUCGAUUGAACAAUCUCUACGAGAAAUUCGAAAGUCGCAAAUACGGUUUAGCAGCAACCCUUUUCUACAUCUUGGCAGACCAGGGGCAUUCUAGCCUCAUCCGGUCUAAAAUGCAAACAGACCCAGAUGUCCAUGUAGAAGGUGAUCAAAGAUAUAGGUACCCGAUAUUUGCAGCUUUGGCUGGUGGUCAUAAGGAUGCCGUGGCUGCCCUCCUCGGCCUGCGGUCCAUUCAUGAAGAGGGGAGCGAUAUGACUGAAGGCUUAAAUUCGAGAAAGGAUCUUUUGAAUUAUAAAUACAGCACUCCAGUGACCUGGGCGGCGAACGAAGGUCGUCUUGGUAUUUUAAAGAGGUUGCUGCAAGAUGGACUGAAGGUUGAUCAGAAGGAUAAAGAAGAACUAACUGCACUUCACUAUGCUUCAGAGAAUGGCCAUGAGACAAUUGUGAGGUAUCUCGUUGAGAAAGGUGCUGAUAUCAACCUCCCUGGCAUAUAUGGAGUAUCUCCACUUCACUCUGCUUCAAGGAUCGGCCAUGAGGCAGUUGUGAGGUAUCUCGUUGAGAAAGGUGCUGAUAUCAACUCCUCUUCCAUUGAUGGAAUGUCCCCUCUUCAUUAUGCUUCACAGGGUGGUUAUGAGACAGUUGUGAGAUACCUUGUCAAGCAAGGUGCCGAUAUCAACCCCUCUUCCAUUGAUGGAAUGUCCCCUCUUCAUUAUGCUUUACAGGGUGGUUAUGAGACAGUUGUGAGAUAUCUUGUCAAGCAAGGUGCCGAUAUCAACCCCUCUUCCAUUGAUGGAAUGUCCCCUCUUUAUUAUACUUCACAGGGUGGUUAUGAGACAGUUGUGAGAUACCUUGUUGAGAAAGGUGCCGAUAUCAACCCCUCUUCUAUUGAUGGAAUGUCUCCUCUUCAUUAUGCUUCACAGGGUGGUUAUGAGACAGUUGUGAGAUACCUUGUCAAGCAAGGUGCCGAUAUCAACCCCUCUUCCAUUGAUGGAAUGUCCCCUCUUUAUUAUACUUCACAGGGUGGUUAUGAGACAGUUGUGAGAUACCUUGUUGAGAAAGGUGCCGAUAUCAACCCCUCUUCUAUUGAUGGAAUGUCUCCUCUUCAUUAUGCUUCACAGGGUGGUUAUGAGACAGUUGUGAGAUACCUUGUCAAGCAAGGUGCCGAUAUCAACCUCUCUUCCAUUGAUGGAAUGUCCCCUCUUGAUAUUGCUUCACGAUAUGGCCAUGAGGCAAUUGUGAGGUAUCUUGUUGAGGAAGGUGCCGAGAUUAACCUUUUUGAUAAAUAUGGAGUGUCUCCUCUUUAUUAUGCUUCAUAG